AUGAAAGUCGCUGAUACCCCUGACUCCGCCUCCACGAUCAGCAUGACCAACACCAUCACCAUCACCGUCGAGCAGGACGGCUACUACGAUAUCAACGGAUCGCGCCAGGAGCCCGUGGUCAAUCUCCAGCUGGUGACCGGGGCGUCCAAGCUACGCCGCCAACUCAAAGAAAGCAACGAACUGAUCAUUUGUCCCGGUGUCUACGAUGGUCUGUCCGCUCGAAUUGCAAUGAACCUUGGCUUCAAGGCUAUGUACAUGACCGGCGCCGGGACUACCGCCUCCCGCCUGGGCCAGGCCGACCUGGGUCUCGCCCAUUUGUACGAGAUGCGCACCAACGCCGAGAUGAUCGCCAAUCUGGAUCCGUACGGGCCACCCCUGAUCGCUGAUAUGGACACUGGAUACGGAGGCCCCCUCUUCGUCGCCAAAUCCGUGCAGCAAUACAUCCAAGCCGGUGUGGCCGGCUUCCACAUCGAAGACCAGAUCGCCAACAAGCGCUGCGGGCAUCUCGCCGGCAAGCGCGUCGUUUCGCAAGAGGAGUGGCUGACGCGGCUGCGCGCCGCGAAGAUCACGAAGGAGCGACUGCGGUCGGACAUCGUGCUGAUCGCGCGCACCGAUGCGCUGCAGCAGCACGGGUACGACGAGUGCAUCAAGCGCCUGAAAGCGGCGCGCGACCUGGGCUGCGACGUGGGCCUGCUGGAGGGGUUCACGUCCAAGGAGAUGGCGCGCCAGGCGGUCCAGGACCUGGCGCCGUGGCCGCUGCUGCUGAACAUGGUCGAGAACGGGGCGGGCCCCGUCAUCAGCACCGAGGAGGCCAAGGAGAUGGGCUUCCGCAUCAUGAUCUUCUCCUUCUGCUGCAUCACGCCGGCCUACAUGGGAAUCAAGGCGGCACUGGAGCGGUUGAAGAAGGAUGGUGUGGUCGGGCUGCCGGAGGGGAUGGGGCCGAAGAAGCUGUUCGAGGUGUGUGGGUUGCAGGAUGCGAUGCGCAUUGAUACGGAGGCUGGCGGCGAUGGGUUCUCGAAUGGUGUUUAG